CUUGAGCUUGGACUUCAAGAUCUCUGCAAAAGCGGAUUUGUUCUCUUGGACGAUGUAUUGACCUUGAAGGCGAUUCAAGCACCAAUGCAGUGGUGUCUUUUGCAGGUCCCGUUCAGGCACAGCCUUCGCCCCUCCGCCAAUGGCAAUAGCUUCAGAGCCCGCCAGCAGAAGUGAAGACAUAAGCUAGUUCAGCAGCCCUUACAUCAAACUUAGCACGCCUUCAACUCUCGCACAGAAAAGCCACCACUUGAAACGUCCAACCUCUUUUCUCUGCAUUGCGCUAACUCUGAGAUCUUGACGGUCAAUGGCUGGCGCGGCGGCUCACACAUUAGUGCGGGGCGCGUGCGCCCCAACAGGCACUCCCCAACAAAGGAGAGAGCGAAGCACACUCGGUAGCCAGAGCCUGUUGCUAAGCCCAGGGGGCAACCGGAGGUUUGAUUGCACCCACCAUAGAAAAGGAGCGCACACACCGCAAUUAGCAAAGGGCCUCUUAGGACGCCAGCUCAGCAAUGCUGCGGCCGAUUUGAGAAGACCAGGCAGCCAACGAAACCGCGCCGCACAAUGCAGCUUCGUGACAGCGUCGGCGCGCGGGGUUGCAAUGAAACUAGUCCCGUCGCUGCGCACUGCCCUCGGCGCCCACAUUUCACACCUAGCUUUCGCCGCCCUUGCCGUUGCCUACUGGCACCUGAGCGCCCCGCUCCUCUCCCUCCUCCGCCGCCUCAACCGCUCUGACCCUGGCCUAUCCAACCCCUCAAACCCUCCCCAAACCCCGCCCCCCUCCACCGCCCUAAUGAGCACGGCCCUCCUCCUCCCCGCCGCCUACCCCGCCGCCGUCUCCGACUUCUGCCGCUCCUUGCGCAGGAACCCGACGUUCAUGUCGGCGUUCAUUGCCUGGACGCUCGCGCAGGGCCUGAAAGUGGUCACGACGCUCUACAAGGAGGGCCGUCUCGACAUCAGGAAGCUGGUCGCGUCCGGCGGCAUGCCGUCGUCGCACAGCAGCCUGUGCGUGGCGCUGACCACGAGCGUCGCGAUCGUGCACGGGGUCUCGGGGACGCUUUUCCCGGUGGCGCUUGGGUUCAGCUUGAUUGUUAUGUACGACGCGGCGGGGGUGCGGCUGCACGCUGGGAAGCAGGCUGAGGUUUUGAACCGGAUGAUUGAAGACAUGUACGAAGGCCACCCAGUCGGCGAAAUAAAGUUGAAGGAGUUGCUGGGUCACACGCCACUCCAAGUCUUGGGUGGAGCGGCUGUGGGCCUGCUAGUGGCGUUGUGGUACCCGCAGAGCCGGUUCGCAGUUGUCUAGCAUCUUGGUUCACCCGCUGGAAAACGGUCACCCUGUUUGGUAUGAUUCAUUGAGAAACUGUAAGCCAUUGCAGGUCGCUUUUGAUUCUUUUUCAUACCCGCUUGAGCAAUGUGGCGGUACAUACACACACUUUUGAUUAAGACGAGAUGUCGUAAGAAGCCGACUUCUCUCUAAUGAGAUUCAGAACCAGCUGAGAUAAGGAGAAGGGGCAGCGGGCUUGGCGCUCUGCCUGGCGAUGCGAGAGUCAUUUGCAACAAUCUAGGUCCACUUAUUUACGAACGGGCAGAUUCUUUGAGCAUCGGCAAAGGUGGUUACUGUUCCAAAAUUGAAAGGGUCUUGUUCACGACGUAUGUAGUGGUAGAGUUUGUCACACUGUCAACACUCACCUUGGCACUUUCAACGUAAUGCUCACAAGAUAUCCAAGAGGCGGCUUCAAUCAGACCGGAGCUGUUGUUAGCGAGGUCUUAUCCCAACCAAGGCCAGGCG